UCCUGCCAGUAGCGGUGGAGUGUUCAGCCUGGGGGCUUGAGCAUUGAGGGCAGGCUGCUGGUCGCAGCUCUCCACCCGGCCUCGCUGCAAGUGCAGAACUGUGGAUCUGGGUUCAGAAGAAGAAGAGGAAAGCUGAAAAGUAUAAUUCUUGAAGAGGGCAGGGAAGGCAGGUGGUGUGUCCCUUGGGCUCUGCUGCCCUCCGAGUCUCCAUUCAAGCUGAUUCUUCCAUUUGAGCCACUCUUCAGGUUUUGAGGCCAUGUCCAACCCAAGCUGGGUGCUGCAAAGUGGCAUUGAUAACUGUGGCCAUGUGCCUGCCAGGAUGGAGACCAUGACUUCAAUCACCAACCCCAGUAUCUCUGUUUCAACUCAACAAACCCCCAAGAAAUGUGCACCUGUGGUUGCUCCAAAACCCAAGUACAACCCCUACAAGCAGAACGGGCAGCCUGUGGUCCAAGUGGUCACUGAAGGUGAAUUCCCUGCACCUCCUCCGAGUGUCGAAGGAUUGAACCAGGUCCUGGCGCAGUUCCCUCCUCCGCCAAACCUGCCCCUGGAUCGCCAUGGACCAGAUGCUUCGUCUGAUGUGCAGACAGGGAGGAAGAGCCUGGAGGAGAGGCGCUCGAGUCUGGACGCCGAGAUAGACUCCCUGACCAGCAUCUUGGCCGAUCUCGAGGGCAGUUCCCCCUACCGGCCUCGGCAGAGUCAUGGUGGUCCAGGCACGUUGCCACUUGCCGGCUCAUUGGGAGGUGCAGUCCCGGGAACCAUGGCAGCUCCCAGCCCGGUGAUCGGUCACCAGAGGAUGGUCAUCCCAGCCCAGCCACUGCUGACGGCCACCAAGAAGACGGGUGGGAAGCCGGGAGCCAGCCCGGGGCCGACCGGAGCCACCCGGACCCUGCCGCAGCCAGUGCCGGCCUCCUACAGCACCGCCUCCACGCCAGCGCAGCCGGCCUUUAACGUGCAGGUCAAAUCCGCCCAGCCCAACCCACACUACCUGCCGCCGGGCCCAGAGCCCGGGGUCUCCCUGCAGUACACCCUGCCGCCCGGCCGCUCUCCUGAGCCAGCGAGACACGGACCACCACGCCCCGCACCGACCUGGGCCCCCGAGCCCGGCUACGGCUACACGGCAUCGACACCACCUUCCCGCUACCAGGACCUGCAGCCCGUGCCACCCGCCUACGCAGGAGGCUACGCCGGAGAGCCUGCCCACCGCGGACACAGUCCCUGGAGGCCAGAGCCAGCCUACAACCCGGGACCACCCGCCGGCCCCUACCGCCAGCUCGCUUCCCCCAGGAAGGUCCACGGCAUGGAGCCGGCACUGGGGCCAGCUGCCAUGACACAGCAAUCCAAGAAUGUCUACCAGCCUCCAGCUCCUGCUCCGGUUCCAGCUCCGGUUCCGGGUUCCGCUCCAGUUCCAAGGCCAGAGGAUGAACUUAACCGUCUGACAAAGAAGCUGUUGUUCGACAUGGAGAAUCCACCAUCGGAUGAUUACUUUGGACAGUGCGUGCGCUGCGGGGAGAGCGUGGUUGGCGAGGGAGCGGGCUGCACGGCCAUGGAGCAGGUGUUCCACGUGGACUGUUUCGCCUGCGUCACCUGCGGCAACAAGUUGCGGGGACAGGCCUUCUACGCUGUGGACAAGAAGUCGUACUGCGAACCCUGCUACAUCAGCACCCUGGAGCAGUGCAGUGUGUGCUCGCGGCCCAUCAUGGAGCGCAUCCUGCGAGCCACUGGUAAGGCCUACCACCCCCAGUGCUUCACGUGCGUGGUGUGUCACCGCAGCCUGGACGGUGUGCCCUUCACUGUCGACACCACCAACCAGGUGCACUGCAUCGACGACUUCCACAGGAAGUUUGCACCGCGUUGCUCUGUGUGCGGUGAGGCCAUCAUGCCGGCUGUGGGACAGGAGGAGACCGUGCGCAUCGUGGCCCUCGACCGUGACUUCCACGUGCACUGCUACCGCUGCGAGGACUGUGGUUCCCCGUUGUCGGACGGCGACACCCAAGGGUGCUACCCCCUGGAUGGUCACGUCUUCUGCAAGACCUGCAAUGGCCAACGCAUCCAGGCCCUGACGGCCAAAGCCAGCACCGACCUGUGAGGCCAUGCAGCGGUACGCCUGCCCCCCCACCAAAGAUCUACAGCUGCACUUUCUCCGCGCGCCUUCACCCUCCCACAUCUCCACCCACCGCGUCCCAACCCCUCCAUGCUCUCUGUCCCCGAACCCCUCCCUGCCACUCGCUCAGACCCACUGCCAGGACUACGACCAGGUACGGGAACAACACGCACCCAGUUAGCGCUGGCACCUGCUACAAGCAACAGCCCGCGUGCCCAGUUGCACCUGGCACCAGUGAAGGGGCAGGAGCCGGGGCCUGGCUCAUAGUGAGCCGUAGAGAGACAGCCCCCCAGUACCCACUCACUCUCCAUCCCUGCUGUUUGCCAAGGCUGCGUGCUCACUCUCCAUCUCUCACACUCUCUCUCACACUCUACGUCUCACUCUCACUCCAUGUCUCUCUCUCUCCCACCCUCCAUGUCUCUCUCACUCUCUGUCGAUGUCUCUCUCUCUCCCCCUCUCUCGCUCUCUCUGUUUCUCCACCACAUCCCCCACUCCGUGCCUCCUGUGAACCCGCUGACUCUCGGCCCCAGCAGUGUGUGGGGUGGUUGAACUCCACAGGUAGGUGGUUGAUGCGGCAGUGGGCGGCUGGGAUGACGGCUCGGGCCGGGAGCUGCUCCCUCGAGCACGGCUGGGGCUGGGGUUCCAACACCAGGGUGUUGCCAGGGGACAAUGGCAAGAGUGAUGCCAGCAGUUGGGGGAGUCUGGUGGGGCGGCACAGGUGGGGCGGCACAGUGACACAGUGGCAGUGUGCCUUACAGCGCCAGAGCUCCAGGUUUGAUCCUGACCAUGGGUGCUGUUUAUGUGGAGUUUGCACAUUCUCCGAGUGACUGUGUGGGUAUUCUCCGGGUGCUCUGGAUUGCUCCCACACUACCAGUGGUAGAAGUGUCAGGACAGUAGUGUUGGGGUAGAAGUGCCAGGGAGGUAGUGUCAGGACAGUAGUGUCAGGGCGGUAGUGCCGGGCUAUGAGGGUGGAGCUCGUGAAGUUGUUGACAGGAACAGCAGGAGUGGGAUAAAAAUGGGACCAUGCGUUCUUGCUUUGUGUUUGUACAGGAAGGAAUAAUAUUUACUUCUGGCAGCCAAUAAAUGAGUAAAAUCACUUUUAUUUAGCUCUGGGAAUCUGCAUUGCAAUGAGAAUAAAUAGGUUGACAUU